GCACACGUCGUGAAUAACCAAACCAACACUGUAAACGUGCGCAGGUUUGUCUGAUACGUGGCUGCGCACGGAAUACGUAAUUCUUCCUCCAACCCAUUGUUGUGGCACACUUUUAAUUAUGUGGUGUGUGUAUGUGAGAAGGAGGAUCCUGCGCUUUCUUUGUAUAAGUUUUUGUUGGGGGGGGGGGCUUCGGUAACUGAGCAGGAUGAAGGCUCGCUCGCGUACGCGAUCACCCACACGCACGGACUCGCCCUCUUUCAUUCUGCUUCUUUAUGUCCAAUUCACUCCCACUCAAGCCACUGGCGAAGAGUGCAUAAGGAUACGCAUACGCAAUAACUGUCGCAUUUUAAAACAUAUUUUUUAAACGGCGGAAUUUUAGCGGAUGGUGAACGACGGACGGUGAUUUUAAACAUGUUCCAAUUUUAAAUUAGGAAAGGGAUUUAUUUUCUUCGUUGUUCACCCGCCUCUGUGGAUUAAGUCACUGACGCACUAAAAUGGGUGCCAAAGGUAAUAUGCUCCCUUCUGCUAAACUCCAAGUAUUUAUUUUGAUCGCGGUUUUGAACUCGGUCAGCUGCAAGACUUUAAAAUAUCAAGUUUAUGAAGAACAACGAGUGGGGACUGUGAUCGCGCGCCUAAAGGAUGAUGUUGCUGAAGUUUUAUCCAAACUACCAAGCUCCGUGUCCUUUCGCUUCCGUGCCAUGCAGCGGGGGAGCACAGCGUUCCUGUCUGUGCGAGAGGAAGACGGAGAGAUCAGCAUUGGCUCCAAAAUCGACCGUGAGAAGCUAUGUGAGAAAAAUCUGAACUGUUCAAUUGAAUUUGACGUGGUUACACUGCCGACGGAAUAUCUGCAGCUAUUCCACGUGGCAGUGCAAGUGUUGGACAUAAACGAUAAUUCCCCGCAUUUCUCCCGUGCCAUUGUCCCCAUUGAGAUCUCCGAAAGCGCGUCCGUGGGGACGCGGAUCCCACUGGACGGUGCCUUGGAUGCAGACGUAGGGGAGAAUUCCCUGCACACCUACUUCCUCAGUCCCAACAACUUUUUUAAAAUAGACAUCAAGACCAGGACAGAUGGGGCUAAGUACGCCGAGCUGGUGGUGAUGCGAGAUUUGGACAGGGAGGUGCAGUCCAGCUACCAGUUGCAGCUCACUGCUUCCGAUAAUGGUGUAACCCCUAAAUCUGGCUCCACAUUGCUGAAAAUUAGCAUCGCUGAUUCUAAUGACAACAGUCCAGCAUUCGAAGAGCCGGCGUAUGUUAUUAAUUUGCUGGAAAAUGAUCCGCUUGGGACUCUUCUUAUUGAUUUAAAUGCUACAGAUCCAGACGAGGGUACUAAUGGAAAAAUUGUGUACUCUUUCAGCAGUCACAUCUCACCAAAAAUCUUAGAAAUGUUUAAUAUAAAUCCAGAGAAUGGACAUAUUACACUUAUUAAAAAGGUGGACUACGAAUCGACUUCGUCCUAUGAGCUUGAUGUCCAGGCUCAGGAUUUGGGCCCGAACUCCAUUCCGGGGCUUUGCAAAAUUGUUGUGAAAGUGGUGGAUGUAAAUGAUAACAAACCAGAGAUAAACAUUAACUUGAUGACUCCAGGCAAAGAGGAGGUGGCUUACAUUUCAGAGGGUGCACUUGUCGACACCUUCAUUGCUUUGGUGCGUAUUGAUGACAGUGACUCAGGGCUGAAUGGUGAAGUGGAGUGCAGGCUUCAUGGCCAAGGUCACUUCAGACUCCAGAAAACAUAUGAAAAGAACUACAUGAUCCUUACCAAUAUUUCAUUAGACAGAGAAAAGAGGUCCGAGUAUAGCCUCACAGUCAUAGCGGAGGACCGAGGCUCCCCAAGCCUCUCCACUAUCAAACAUUUUACUGUUCAGGUGCUGGAUGAAAAUGACAAUCCUCCUCGUUUUGAGAAGUAUCGCUAUGAGGUCUUCAAAUCUGAGAACAACUCUCCCGGAGCAUACCUGAUGACAGUGGUGGCCUCGGAUGCAGAUCUUGGCACCAAUGGCCAGGUUACCUAUGCCAUAAUUGAUGCUCAGGUGCAGGGAAGCUCAAUUUCUACAUAUGUAACCAUUGAUCCCUCAAAUGGUGCCAUUUAUGCCCUGAGGACCUUUGACCAUGAAGAUGUCAGUCAUAUUACUUUCACCAUCCAGGCACGGGAUGGUGGAAAUCCUUCACUUUCAGCCAAUACCACUGUCCUUCUUACAGUUUUGGAUGAAAAUGACAAUCCACCUAUCAUCCACGCACCCUCCCUCCAGAAUCACACGGCUGAACUUUCAGUGUGGAAGUAUGCAUCUCCUGGUGAGUUGAUCACAGCGCUUAAAGUCACAGACAGCGAUUCUGGUGCCAAUGGAGAGGUGAGUUGCUCCAUUGUUAGUGGAAAUGAAGAGGGUCUGUUUAUGAUGGAUGCUGGGCGAUGUGAGCUCAGGACCAAUGCGAGCUUAGAACAAGUGGCAAGGUACGUGAUGGAGGUCAGGCUUGUAGUAGAGGAUAGAGGUACCAAUCAACUCACUGCCGGGGCCCUCCUCAAAAUUACUCUGCAGGAAAAUAUGGACCUCCUCCCCCCUCUCUUUCCCACUGGCUCCAGCCACACCUCUCAUGAUCUCUCUCACGUCAUCGUAUCUCUCGUGGCAGUUUGCGCUCUGCUGCUUAUUGUAUUGGUGAAGUUUGCAAUAACUCGUUGCACCCAAGAAAAGAAGGACCCAAAGCACAACUACAGUUGUCGUGUGGCAGAAAACAGCUAUCAGAAGAAGCAAACGAGGCACAUACACAAGGCAGAUAUUACCCUGGUCCCAACUGUGAAUGGAAUUCUUCCUGUCCAGUCUCACCCACACUCCCCGUCAGCCUCACCCAUGCCUGAGAGGGGCACGCUAGGUAGCAGGCAGAGCCAUCACAGCCGCCAGUCACUUAACAGUCUUGUCACCAUUUCCUCUAACCACAUGCCAGAGAAUUUCACCCUGGAGUUGGCCCACACAACACCUCCUGUUGAGGGCCAGUACCAGCCACGGCCAAGUUUCAGAGGCAACAAAUACACCAGGAGCUACAGAUAUGCCCUGAAUGAGAUGGAUAAAUUCAGUCUCAAAGAUAGUGGUCGUGGGGACAGUGAUGCAGGCGACAGCGACUACGAGCCUGGCAGGGACUCGCCUUUGGAUAGACUCCUAGCUAUGAGGCUCUGCACUGAGGAAUGUCGCGUACUAGGACAUUCAGAUCAGUGCUGGAUGCCCCCACAUGCGUCCCCAGCGUCAUCCUCCUCUGACUACCGAAGCAAUCUCUACAUUCCAGGGGAGGAAGUCUGCCAAUCCACUGACCAGUCCCUGGACAAAACUCUUCAACCGUGCAUCGAAAAUGGAUCUCGCCGGAACCAAAGCUUCUCUACAUUUGGAAAACAUCCGCGCAGAGAGAGCACUGGGGAAGAGGAAGUUGAAGAUGAUGGUGGGGAUGAGACCAGAGAUGAAGACCUUGGUGGAACUUCAUCGUUCCUUACGGAAAUGAGCAGUGUUUUCCAGCGCCUGCUUCCCCAGGGUUUAGAUUCAUAUAUCCAAGUGAAUGAGAACCAGAAGGGGACUAGCCUCAGUGGUAUUGGCGUACCAAUGACUGGAUCUUUAGAUCGGAGGAGGAGUCAUCUUCCAAGCAAGGCCAACCCCUCUGUCCACCAACAGAAUGUGGCAGCCUGGGCUGCCAAUACUCAUUUCCAGAAUCCAGGAAGUGGCAUUAUUUCAUCUGGUCACCAUCAGGGAGGCAGCUACCACACUCUGAAACCCAGCACCAAGCUCAGCAGUCAGAGCAACAUUCACAAUAACUCACAGGCACUGAAAAACAGCCUGCAGAAUAGCAACCCCAAAUCACACAACUGCGCCUUGCUCACAGCAAGAGUCAGCCCCACUAUGAUGCAACCUUCUCAGGCUCCGGUGGCCCUUCCUGGCCCAUCAUCCAAGUGGCUUCCUGCUAUGGAGGAAAUUCCAGAAAACUAUGAAGAGGACGAUUUUGAGACUGUACUCAGCCACCUACACGGAAAACGCACUGACAGCCGCCAGGAGCUUGUGGAUGCCAGUGAGUUGGUGGCUGAGAUCAAUAAACUUCUCCAGGAUGUCCGACAGAGCUAGACUCCUGUUUAUUAUUUAUAUCUAUGUAGUUACCACGUAGUUACACCUUUACCUUCCGACUAAAAAUUGGCGGAGAGUGGUUGACAAAUGAAAAGAGUGUAAAAUGACAAGAGAUGUGUAAUUGUCAAGUAGCAUUUCUAAUGUAGUUAUUGCUAUUUUAAUGCUAAAUAUCCCAAAAAUAUUUUUAAACGUUGGAUGGUACACAAUGUACAUUAUCCGGCUGUAUUUAUCUUUGUAUUUCAAAAAUACAUUUUUAACUUAUAUUUAUAUUGAAAAUGUAAAUACAUUCAACCAAAGGUCUAUUUUUAUAUAUUGAAUGCAUGUUGAGUCCAAAACAUUGAAUCAAGACUAACCUGUGAUCGACAUUCUGCCUAUUUAAGUUGUUUUUGUAUUGCAAUUCUUUUUUAUUAUCAUUAUCAUUAUUAUUAUUAUGUACAAUAAGAUGUUAUUUGACUUGUCAUUGUAUAGUCUGUGGAAAGAAACAUCACAAAUAAAAUGCAAGACUGU